GGUAAAAUCACUUUAGGGGCAUAGAGAUGUGACGUAUUGUAGAUAUAAUAUACCUAUCUUAUGUUAUUCAUACAAAUUCAAAAAAUAAGCUUAUAAAUCUUUGAAGUUAAACUAUAUAUCAUCCUAUAAACAAUACUAUAAUACGCAAAUCUCAGGAACCUACUGUUUUUACCACGGGAAAAAAUGAUUGAGGUAUAAAUACAUAUAUUAUAUUAACAGUCAUUCCCGUGUUAUCAGCACCUUAUCAGCCGCACGAUCGAAGACUCUCUUAGUCUCUCUUCUGAUUAGAUCCGCGAUCUGCCGUCCCUUUCUCUCGUUGCACACUGCGCCCUGCCCCCAGCCCUCAGUCUGUCCCUUUCCAGCUGCUUAUCUCGCUGCGUUGUGCCAUUGCUUCUUAUCGGUGCGAACGAGACGCAAGCGGAACUCUUCAAGGGGGUGAGCAGUUGGGAAAGCUGCGCGCCUGCUCGAAAUACCAGUUGGGGACUUUUCCCAUGUGCUCGCAUGCAAUUUCCAAUUGGAAUGGGCACCACCGCCGCUGGAGCCACUGGAGGAGCAGUGGAGCCAUUUGGCCGCGGAGCUGGAGCACCGGAGGCGGUUGGAACGUUGUGGAACCUACAACCUAAGCGACCAGCACUAUUUCGCAGUUCCGUGCGUUUUUUUGUGAGCGGAUCUGCUCAAAUUUUGUCCGCAGAGCAGCAGGCGCUCAGCGACGGCCGACGCAGACUCGCUCACUUCGCCGCCGUCCCCCUUUUUCUGGUUGGACUUUUUUGUCUGUGUGAAAGCGGCGGCAAGAACCGUUCGCGUUGGCGUCAGCGUCGCCGCCAGUUCUGCGCCCUUGGCUUGAAACAAGCUAGAUACAUUUCUUACGACUGA